AUGGAGAAAGAAACCAAAGAAACUUAUCUAGAUACGAUCAAGACUUCUAUUAUGCAGUUAAUGUCUUCUCCGGCCGAUAGAGAUUGCACCAGCACCUUUAUGGCCGGUUACAACGCAAUAUACAGCUAUUGUACUGAAGAUGUUGAAGAUAAGUAUUCAAUUGAAGGGGGCGAAAUCUACCAUCUUUACAACCGAGUGCUGCUGAAGUACUUAGAAGGCUUUCCCUGUGACUAUACAUUAGAGAAACUCGUGAGUUUCUUAGCAGGUUACCGACGGGCCAAUGAGCGAAUCGGUAAAAUGCUGGCUUUCUUAUCUAGAUACUUCAUUCGAGUAAAUCUAGAAGUGUCCAACAACAACGUACAGGACUUGAAGAAGGUCUAUUUUAGUCAAGUCUUUGCCGUUAUCAUUCAACCACAGGAAACAAAGUUGCACAACCUGUUCUUAGAUAAGAUACAGCAGUACAUUAGAUUGCGCGAAGUCAAGCAGCCAACCGAAGAGGAGAGAACGCAUCGUAAUAAGUUGCUCAAAACCCUAAGAAUAUUCCUUAGAGAGUACAUCAAGAUAGCCGAGUCGAGCAGCCAAAAGAAAUCAUUGAAGAAGCUGUGCACCAAGAUGGCCAAAAUAGUAACUAGUGCUAAGGACGAGAGUCAUCUAGCCAUCUAUGCCAACAUCUCGGCCAUCAAUGCUCUCUUUGCCCAGAAGGAGCGCACGAAGAAGAUCUUCUAUUCAAUGCUGGAAGAGAAGAUAGAAGAGCCCAGACUAAGAGGGUUUAUUAGUACGUUUGUAGCAGGAAUGCUUAGCAAGAGUAUUAACAAACAAACUUAUACUUGGCUCUCUUCCUUCUACUCAUUUGUGGACUACUCCGAGAAGAGCCGUGAAAUCUUCAUGAAUGUCUUGCUAGCAGCCUUAUUAGAACUCUUGCCCAAGCACCAGGACUGUUUAUCACUAGUUCGCAUGCUUGUCUUUGUAAACAAGCACUUACGGCAAAUGCCACGAACUUUGAAGCUAGUAAGGAAACCAAUGGAGUUAGUGUUCAGUCGCAAGUUACGCGAAGUCUUUGCCAGAGAAUCGACAGAUGAGUUUGAAAACAACCUAUUAGAACUCAUUGAAACUUAUGCGAAAAAGACCAAACAACCAAUCCAAGAAUUAUCACUGUUUAUUGCUAAUGUACCGGCCGAUCGCAAAUCGUUUUGGAGUCAGUUCCUGGCCGGAAUUAAGAGCCGCUUGAUUCUGCUUAAUACCUCUUCCGUUGAGAAGAGUUUAGUCCAGAUGACUAUGCGGCGUAUUGAGAAGUUUAAAGAGAUCAAGCUCCACCACAGCUUACCGAUAAGCAAAGAAAAUGCGGACUACAUUGAUAUGCCGACUCUUUGCCACAACUUUCAGUUCUUUGAAUUAUCUAACUUUGAAGAGAUUCAGCUCUGCUUGCGGGACAUAACUAUUAGUGAAAUGUACUUUCGACGCGAAGGACCGGGACUUACAACUGACUGUCGUUUAUUGGCCUAUACAAGAUGGUCCUGUCCUAAGCUUGAGAUCAAUAUUCCGUGUGAGAUAGAGAAGGCCUGGGAAGAGAUCAUUCAGUACUGUCGUGAAAAGGGUCGGAAGUUCCUUUUAGGACUCUGUCCAACGGUUUCCUGUGCCGUAGUGGAGAUAGGCAAUACUGAAGUGGUUUGUGAUCUGGUGCAGGCAGCUGUGCUUAUUCUACUUGGUAAAACAGGAGAUCUAACUAGCGAAGCGAUUUGUAAAGCCAUUUUAGUCGAGCCCAAAGAGGAAAACAACGCCGUUGUGCUCGAUCGCAUUGACGUUCUGAAAAAGGCCCAUUUACUGGAGGACAAGGACUCAGUUCUUUCUCUAACUGCCGUAAAUCUACCCGCACAAAUUGAUCUCUUCCAUUACACCGGACAGACAACCAAACUAACCCAGUGCAGUCGCGCUCAUUCGCACUCCAAGGGCGCAAUUGAGGCCUUUAUAGUUCGAAUUGCCAAGCGCAAUACAGGAAUUGAGAUGGCAGUUGUUGAAGAGAAGGCCAAAGGCGUCUUUUCUAUUUCCGACCAAGAGUUUGCCCUCUAUAUUGAAUCCCUGCAGGAGAAAGGCCUUAUUUCUCGCUCGGGAUCUCUUCUAUACUUUGUGCCUUAA